AUGUCGUAUCCUACCCUACACCUUCGCGCAGAGACCAAGCCGCUCGAGCACCGCUCAGCGCUGACUCCCACAACAGCCAAGGCAUUGAUGGAUGAGGGAUACCCCGUCAACAUCGAACGCAGCAGCCUCAGCAUCUUCCCCGACUCGGAAUUCGAGAAGGUCGGCGCCAACAUGGUGCCCGAGGGCAGCUGGACCGACGCUCCCUCCGAACACAUCAUUGUCGGCCUCAAGGAGCUCCCCGAAGAGACUUUCCCCCUCAAGCACACACAUGUGCAGUUCGCACACUGCUACAAGGGUCAAGGUGGUUGGGACGACGUUCUCGCCCGUUUCCCUCGCGGUGGUGGUACCUUGUACGACCUUGAGUUCUUGCAAGAUGAGCAGGGUCGUCGUGUGGCUGCCUUUGGCUUCCACGCUGGAUUCGCCGGUGCUGCAUUGGCUGUUCAAGCUUGGGCACACCAAUUGGUCGAGGGUGCUGGCAAGCCCCUGGAGGGCGUCAAGCCCUUCGCCAACGAGGGCCUCCUAGUCGACGAGAUCAAGAAGAGCAUGGCAAAAGGCGAACAAAAGGUCGGCCGUAAGCCCAGAGCUUUGGUCAUGGGCGCACUGGGCCGCUGCGGCAGAGGCGCCGUCGACCUCCUCCAAAAGGUCGGCGUGCCUGAGGAAAACAUCAUCAAGUGGGACAUGGCCGAGACACAAAACCGCCCCGGCCCUUACCCAGAAAUCCUCGCCAGCGACAUCUUCGUCAACUGCAUCUACCUCUCCCAACCCAUCCCUCCCUUCAUCGAGCCCGCCCAGCUCAACUCCGAAGACCGCAAACUCAGCGUCGUCUGCGAUGUCAGCUGCGACACGACGAACCCUCACAACCCCAUCCCCAUCUACGACAUCAACACCACUUUCGACAAGCCCACCGUCCCUGUCAACGUCACCACCGGCCCACCGCUGUGUGUCAUUUCCAUCGACCACUUGCCUUCGCUGCUGCCCCGUGAGGCUUCAGAAGCAUUCAGCGAUGCUCUGCUGCCCAGUUUGAGAACACUCAAGGACAGAAAGACCGAGAGAGUUUGGCAAGAGGCUGAGAAGCUGUUUGACGACAAGGUCAAGACCCUGCCUCAGGAGAAGCUGAAGGUCUAG